AAGCGAGUUGUGUACAAAAGGGUUAAGUAACGCUGGAAACGUGACAUAGGUGUCACGGUGAAAGGACCCGGGAUGGCGAAUGAGUGAGCGAAGGUUGUGAUGGGGAAAAAAAAAACUUCUCCACUUCUAAUGUUGGUCAGCCCCAGUUGCUAUGAAUCCUAGCUCUUCUUGCCCCUCACACUGCGAGGAUCAGUCAUCCUCCGAGGAUGACCAUAUGGAUGACUGGCUCCACCUGUCCUCUGACUCUUUACGGCUCCAGGGUUUGGAAGAGAGCAGGGCACACCAAGAGACAGAGGACAAAGGCAAACUCAAAUCCAAGCUGGUCUCAGCAUGGAAUAGUGUUAAAUAUGGUUGGUCCUUAAAGCAAAAAUCCCACUUUAGCAAGAGUUCUCCUGUUAUCAUGCUUGGACAUUCCUACCUACUCAGUCAACAAGUGGAGAGAGAGCGUUUCCGUCGCUCCUUUGUAUCUCUCUUCUGGCUGACGUACAGACGGGGUUUCCCACAGCUGGGGGGCUGCAGUUUGACCACAGACAGUGGCUGGGGAUGUGUUCUUCGCACAGGGCAAAUGUUGCUGGCUCAAGGCUUGGUGCGACACUUGCUGCCACCAGGCUGGACUUGGUCCUUUAGUCACCAUGGAGUCAAAGAUGACAUGGAUCUCCUAAAAUCACGCCUAGCAGGCCGUUCGAGCGGUGGAUGGAAUGUUGUGGAGGGACUUAAACGGAGGAGUCGAAAAAUGAGCCUUGGUUCCCUCCUGGAUAGACCAAUGGAUGCUACACACAGACGAGUAGUGUCUUGGUUUGGGGACCAUCCCACAGCUCCCUUUGGGGUACACCAGCUUGUGGAGCUUGGUAAAAGCUCAGGGAAGAAAGCUGGGGACUGGUAUGGCCCCUCCAUUGUAGCACACAUUCUCCGCAAAGCUAUGGUAGCGUCAAUGGACGUCCCCAAUCUGGCAGUGUAUGUUGCACAGGAUUGCACCAUCUACAAAGAGGAUGUAAGGAGUUUGUGUGGGUGUCCUGUUUCUGGGGACUCCACUGGAUCAAAUCAGUCCUGGAAGUCUGUUAUCAUCCUGGUCCCUGUAAGACUAGGAGGACAAGUCCUGAAUCCCAACUAUAUCACAUGUGUCAAGAAACUUCUGACAUUGGAGUACUGCAUAGGAAUCAUUGGGGGCAAACCGAAGCACUCUUUGUUUUUCGUUGGGUACCAAGAUGACCACCUGUUGUACUUGGACCCUCACUACUGUCAGCCCACAGUUGACAUCACGCAUGAGAACUUUCCUCUGGAGUCAUUUCACUGUAAAUAUCCAAGAAAAAUGGCUUUCACUCGCAUGGACCCCAGCUGCACGAUAGGCUUCUAUGCCAAAGGCCUGAAAGACUUUGAAUCACUGUGCUCUGCUGUCACCGUGGCUCUCUCCACAUCUGCAGAACAUUAUCCCAUGUUCACGUUUGUUGAAGGACAGAGCCAGGAGGAAGAGGAGAGAAGCAGCGCACCCAUGAACAACGUCACCUACGUCAUGAGGAAGGACAGGCGGAGAGGGGCUGAUAGGAGCAAUAGCAUUGAUGAAUUUGUUCUUUUGUGAUUAUGGGGGGGCGGGCAGGAUCUGCCCCAAAUAGCACAAAGUGACCAUGAGGCACAAAGGAAAUUUGAGGCAACUACUGAACAGGACAAGUACAGACAAUACUCUCCCCCACCAAUAAAAAGGUCCCAGCUACCAAAUGAAGUUGAUAGAUUAUCACAAGGCCAGCGAUGCUACUUGUAUAUUACUGUUUCGAGAUCACUGUUUAGUAUUUAUUUAUUUCCAAGUAUUUUGGGGGAACAUAAUUCAAUGAAUGUAAAUGAAAAGAUGAAGGGUUUAAAAUUAGGCCUGUUUACUUUUGUUUCUUCGUCACUUCUAUCUGGUUCAUUGUUUGUUAUACCACAACUUGUCUAAGCUAGUUAAUUAGAGCAUCACGUCACGUGGGUUUUUCACCCCGGUGUAUACAUUAUUAUACGUACGUUUUCCGUAGAGACAGCCGGUCAGACACGUGUUGUGCUGCGAGGUGACCAGGCUGCUGGAACAUCAUGUGACAGUAUUUUGAGUUUUUAAUGGGGCUAGAAAAUUGGAUUCCUUUGGCCAUGUGAUGUGAACAAGGAACAAUAUUCAGUGAAAGUGGCCGGGCUUGAAGGACUAAGUUUGUAAAUACGGUGAAAUGGUGGGCGCAUGUCAUUUCUGGAAAAUUCCGUUUCGGGGAAGUUUAGUCAGAAAGCCCUCUCUGUUGUGAGCUUUUUAAUUUUUUUGUACGUUCGUCUGAGUAAAUAUUUUAUUAGAGUAUUUUAUCACUGCAAAAGGAAUGACUUGUUUUCUAUUCUUUCAACACUCUCUACCGAUGCUAAUGUCUUGUCCUUUAGUAAUUGGAAAGUGUUAUGAAUAUCGACAACACAAUGUCGGACGUGAACCACAUACCCGCAAUGGUGCUAACUUGACAGGGAGUGACAUUAAAAUCAUGACUUUUUCACCGUGUUGUGGCCAAACAUUACAUUUUCACAAGCUUUAUAAAAACACUGGCAUUCACAAGCCUUAAAGAGGUAAAUAUACAUUUGGGUUAUGUAGUAAAAAAAAAAAUUUUUUUUUAAAUCACCAAAUCUGCUCAUAACUGGUUUCUGUCCAACAGCGAUAACAUUUCUAUCUACAUUUCUUUCUGCACACACACACACACACACACACACA